CAUUCCUCAUGAUGUAACGUAAUUGAAGUCAACAUGAAUGUCAACUAUAUAACUGUUUUUCUCUGCAUUCUGCCUUUGACAGAAUCAACCCUUGUWAAAGGUUGUCGAACGAUCAGGUUCAAACAGAGCAAAGAAAAAGACAAAUCAUUAUUAAAUCACGUGAUCAAAAAUGUCACAACGGAAAGCGACACUCUGUGCAGGCACAUCUGCUUUAUGAAYCCACAAUGUGUUUCUUUGAAUAUUGGUCCUUCUACGUCUCUUGGAAAUCUACUAUGCCAGUUGAAUGACGCUGACCGUUUCCAGUUCCCACUGGACUUCAAAGAUAACCCUGGCUUCUCGUAUCAGGGGGUUGAGGACAACCAGUGCUCSGCCAAUCCCUGCUCAAAUCACAGUGUAUGCUUGCAUGGUUACGGGGAACAGUAURUUUGCGAAUGUUAUCCAGGAUGGCAUGGAAAAAACUGCUCAUCAAAAGAUCUGGGCAAUGGAUCGCGUAUCUAUGGAGACGCUUUUCUCAAGCUAUUUACAGAGAAGAAGAACUGGACCGAUGCUCGUCACUAUUGUCAGUCGUUAGGUGGUGAUCUUCUCUCCAUUACUAGCUCACACGAAAACGACUUUGUAAAGGAAGUCUUUCUGAAGCAACUGAGCAUACCCACCUAUAGUAAUGAUGUCCCAGACUUUGGUGUACCUUACCAAGAACUGCUGUUGAACCAAUCUUCGCCGAAUGUAGAGUAAGUAGUUUUCAUAACAGAGCUCAGUGCACUAGGGCUGUCCCUAUGUGCAUAAGCACGUUUCCUUCYUUCCUUCCGUUUUUUUUUUCGCUCAGUAAACCGCGAUCUUCAGUAUACAAAUCUUUCACUAUAAUCGACAAAAAGAAACGGAAAAUCGACUUACAAAAUAAAUAAUAUACUAGCUCCAAACGGUUAACGAUGAAAGAGAAAAUAUAAUAUUAUACAAAAAUAAAAAACUUUGAGACAUUUGUACAGUCCUNU